AUGUCGAACGAAAACCCCACGCCCGAAUUCAAGUCCGAGCGCUUUGGCCACGGCAUCUGGUUUGCUCUGCAGGCCUGGCCCGCCCUGACCGUCGCUAUCCAGAGCCAGUUCGGCGGCCCCGAUGGUGCCGACAAGCGCGACUGGCUCGCCGGAGCUAUCACCGAGAUCUUUGAGAACGACCCCGAGACCGACCAGCUCGAUAUUGAGACAGUGCUGCUGCAAGUCAUGGAGGACGAGUUCGAGGUGCGCCUCGAGGACGACAGCGAGGUGGCAGUCGCCGCCACAAUCGUAAAGAUCAAAAACGAAAUUAGCAACAAUGUCUUCGAAACGGUCGACGCCAUGGAGCACAGAUGGCGAAAGCGCAGGGGCAAGGGCCCCAACCUGGCCAACGUCGAGGUCGUUCAGGAGGGCACCCAAGACGCCAGCGGCAGCGACGACGAUGAUGACGACUACGAGGACGACGACGAUAUGGACAUGGGUGAGGCGCCACAGCUAGUGCCGGCACCGCCCAAGGAAAAGGUCGAGCCCGAGGUCGACGAGGAUGGAUUUACUAAGGUUGUCGGCAAGAAGAGGCGCUAA